GGCUCAUUUGACGGCGGCACCACUCCAGAGCAACAUCGAGCAGCAGCCAUGGCGACAAGUGACGGGAGCGAUUAUUUUAAACGGACCAGCCUGUUUUGGAUCGUCUCUGUGACAGUGGCUGCUGGAUACUUUUCUUUCACUGUGUUUGCCCCGGAAAAAGUCCCGUUUGGUCAGCUGGGUCCGUUCGGCAGCUUCUGCAGAUACCUUGUGGAUAACCACGGCGACCUGAUGUACAAAGGGUGGUGGGCAGCCUUUGCCAUUCAUGUCGCUGAAGCCGUCUACGCUUUAAAGGUGUGCAGCGCCAAAGGCAUCAGCAGCCCGACUGCUCGCUUCCUCUGGUUCUUCCAGACCUUCCUGUUCGGCUUCGCCUCCCUCGGCCUGCUCCUCAAGUACGACCCAAAGCGCCUCAAGAAGCCCUGAUCCCAGCAGGCGGAAGCCUUCAGAGCCAGAAACGCGGCUGAAUACUUACAUUCCUGGUGCCUUUUCCCAAGGAUGAGGGAACAAUCGAGCCUUUUAACCCAAGUGUUAAACUGAUGAUACACUAAGAACCUAAUAAGCGACUGUAUUGUAGCCUUUAAUUCACUGGUGCGUUAUAUUCUUUAACUACAUUCCAUUUAUUUUCUAUGAAAACAGCUGGAGAAGACUAGAAAAUGUUAGAAAUUGUGUUUCAGUUUGUUUUAAUUUGUAAUAUAGUGGGCAGAGGAUGUUUAAUCUGAGACGGAUUGUAUGUGCAAUGCAACACGGAGUCCUAAAUCAAGUGUUACGCUCUAAUGGUGUUUACAGUCAAGCCUGAAAGACGGCAGUAGAUAUUUAUCAGCUGCUGCCGUAACGUCAGGCACGUUUGCUCUACAGGUACGCUGCUGUUGGCUCAAAAAGACGAAAAAGGAGAUAUUUUCUCUGUCGUAUUAAGGUGCUUCCAGGUCAAGGGUAGUGGAAGUCUUGAAUAAAGAGUAAUUUACUAACUG